AUGUCGCACAACUCGUCUUUGAAGCGUCCACCUGCAGAAGACGGAUCUCUCGAAGACAACGGCACAGAUAUGGUAGUCCUGAAACCGGUCAAGCGUCAGCGAAGAGAGGGCCAGGAAGAAGACCCGGAUAGCAAUGACACCCCCGUAUUUCCCUUCAUCCCCUCAGAAAUACUCCUCGAAAUAUUUACUUGCCUUGGACGCCUUCGCUCGGGGACACCACGCGGCUCGAUCGCCUUCCUCGACCUUCUUCUCGUCUGUCGUCGUUGGAGAAAUGCCGCCCUCUCCUGCCAUGACCUUUGGACAGAUAUACCCGUUUUCAGCGAGAAAUGGACCAAGAAGAUGCUGGACUGGUCGAAGGAUGUCCCCCUCAGCGUAAACGUGCACACGAACCUGGCCACAGACAACCAUUCCCCUACUGAUAUCCCCCGCGCCAACUCAGCCGCCCUCUCCGAGACCCUCGUGCACUUUCCCCGCGUCCAAGAACUGCAAAUCAAAAAUUUCCUCCCAGGCGAGAUCGGGACAUUUAUCAAUUCAGGACUCGCCUCCGCACCACUUCUCGAAUCCCUGCAACUCAUCGUUGCCCGCAAGGAGUUGACCGCCCCUGACGGUCGGCGCCAGGUCGUCGCACUAUUCACACCCCCUAGCGUGCAGGCACCCCGCCUCCAGCGAUUUACCCUUGUCCACAUGGGCUUUAGUUGGAAUUUGUCGAUGCUGCGCAACCUCGUCGAGCUGGAGGUGCGCGACCCGGCCGAACAAUCGAGGGCGAGCAUGAGCACCGUCCUCGAUACGCUAAGGGAGAUGCUGUUCCUCGAAAGGCUCAGCCUGCACAACGCUUUGUGGGACAAUGGCCAGGUAACGGCAUCUACAUCUCCAGUGGACCUUCCGCGAAUGAAGAGGCUUGAGCUGUCGGGGCCUGGGAGGGAGCUCGAGCUCGUUCUCGGCGCACUUAUUCUACGACGCGACGUGCGCAUGAAGCUCAACCUCAAUGGGGCGCUAUUCAGUGGGGCUAUCAUGAAAUUACGCAAGCAUUACCCUGAGCCCUCCCUCGGCAGCCCCCCAGGCUGCUACCUGAACAAACUUAACAUGACGGACGGCAACUUCAGGACAGGGUUCUCGGUCCGUGCGUGGACAAAUAUCGACAAGGAGAACGAUCCGCAGAUUGAACUGCUACUCUCUUGGAGCCACGGGGAGUACAGCUAUCAAGCAGCUAGGGGUGUGGCAACGACGCUUUCGGUGGCACUUCCCCUGCGCGAAGUGGAAGAGAUUGUAGCGCUGAACUUACCGAUGAGCGAUAAAGACUGGAAACGCGCGUUCGGGUCGUUCAAGAAGCUUGUGAAAGUCAAACGGGUGGAGAAGAAGUGGGAUCCGUCGCAGCUUGUGGAUCGCAGAUUCAAUUCUGCACCUUUUUUCUCCCCGAAGGUUGCAGUGGGUGUGGGUCCUAGAUAA